CGACACAUUCGAGAUCAAAAAUAUUACAAUACAACGCGGGUUUUGGUAAACACAAAAUUAUCGGUUUUCGUGAUUAGUUAUUUUAAAGUUAUGAAUUACUUCGCUUUAUUUUCUACUCUUACUGAUUUUCUGGAACACUACUGUUAAAUUCCAUCAAUCGACGUACAACAGAGAUUUAAUGUGUCUAGUGUCGCUGUCGACUGGAUUUCGGACGACGAAACGUCUUGUUGUAUGCUGGACUUCGACGGAAACAGCUGCUAAUUGUUGUCGACGGAUGUGAACAUCGAAUUUGUGUCGACGACAGUUACAACGACAAAGUCAAAGAAUACGACUACGGUGACUUCUGAAAAGGCUAUCUUACCCAUCGAUUGCCGCCGUCUGGACAGUUGCCGAUCGUCGCCACUGCCGCGAAUCGCGUUUCGCCCCUUAUCCACUGCCGCCAUAAACUCUCUUAGGUCUGGUGACGGUCCCAGCCGACAUGUUUAAACGUGGAUACCCGUCUUCCGACUCGAUGGUCAAUAAUCAAACUGCCGCCAAUUCCAUCCCGACGCCACCACCGCCGGCUUGCAACGUCCCAUUCGGACUGCAGUUCGGCAUCCAACAGCCGCCCAGUUACACCACUUUCACGCCUGACUACCAACAUUUCCCGUACACGUUCUCGUCCAUCACGCCACCCGCAUAUAGCUGGGCCAACACCAACAGCACGCACGUCAUGAAGUUUACGGGAUCGUGUAAUCCACUGCCAUUGGAUACCUCCACGUACCAUCCCAGCAAUUUUGGAUCCGUGCCAAAACGCAAAAUCGAUUUGGAUGCUGAACUUACACAGCCACCCAAAAUGCGCAUCACCGAAGAAAAAGUAUCUGCUAGUUUACGAGACAUGCACAUUAGCAGUGAAUUCAAACCUCAUAAUUACUGUGUCAGCAGUGCCGUCAGUGAAAUGGAUACCUUGGAGAAUCCUACUCCCAUAGAGACUAUCAACAUUCCUGAAACUGCUAAAACAGAUUCUCAGACCACAUUAGUUAUGUGUGAAGAAUUGCGUAAACUUCACAAAAUGGAUUCCAUCAUACCUCAACCACUGCUCAAUGUAGAAAGACCAACCAACGCAGUUGUAGUAUGGACUAAAAAGCCUCUAAUGGAAUUUGUCCGUUCAUUUCCUAACUACCAGGAACCCAAAUCAACUGUCGUGAUAACUGAGAUCACAGACGAAGAAGAAAAUGAAAUUAACGACAAAGAAAUGUUAAUCGAAGAAAAUAAUUGUAUUGCUUUUGAAGAUGUUAACAUGGAGCUUUGAUGGGACCUUGAUCUGUGUUGGGACUCACGGUAGGCGAGUUAACUUACUGUCAGAUAAAUAACAUU